GGACUAGCUGAGUAAUAUUACACUCUCAUAGCCAAGAGUUGCUUUUGUCAUUUCUUUCUUCUUCUUGUUUGGCCCUUUGCAGACAUCCCUUUGAAAUGUCAGAUCAGCGAUUGUUCUGUAGGUUGAUCACACUUAUUUGUAUUUUUUAAUUACAAAAAAUUUUCUACAGAAAGCAGCCGUUUGUGCAUUGUUGGUACUACAUCAAGUUUUAUGCUUGAGCUGCUGGUCAUUUUGUGUUUUAUUUGUAUUGCUCUGCACUUGUAAUGUGUGUUUUAAGAAUUUAUCUAACAUUCCACAAUGCUGUCUUUCUAGUUUCCAUUCCUCUUCUCUUUUCUCUUUAUUUUAAGGUCGUGAUGCUCCCAUUUUCGCCAUGCAGCCUCCUGAACCUCGGAGCAGAGACGAGUUUUUACAAUACUUCUGUCCCCUCACACUGGACAUCAACACGGCAAACAGAGACCUCCGUCUGUCUGAAGAGGACAAGAAGGUGACAUGUAAGAGGACCAAGGCCAAAUAUCCUUAUCAUCCUGACAGAUUUGACUACUGUCCCCAAGUCUUGUGCAGAGAGGCUCUGACUGGGACUUGCUGCUACUGGGAGGUGAAGUUCACUGGACACUGGGUGAGGAUAGGAGUCACAUAUAAAGGACUGAGCAGGAAAGGACUGGGCAGAGAAUACAGCCUUGGGAACAAUGAGCAGUCCUGGAGUUUGUUCUGCUCUCAUUCUCAAUGUUUUGUGAGUCACAAUAGACAGAGGACCAUAAUCAGCGCCCCCUACAGUCCCAGAAUAGGCGUGUAUCUAGACUGGCCUGCUGGCUCACUGUCAUUUUAUAGCGUCUCACACACAAUGACCCUCCUGCACAGGUUCAACAACUCCUUCACUGAGCCCCUCUAUCCAGGGUUUUGGGUUGGUCCUGACUGCAGUGUAACAGUCUACCAUCUGACACCAUAUAACUACUGACCAGUACCCUCCACUGGUCACUCGAUGUCCCCUCAAGCGCAGGUCCAUUUUGUGUUUUUCAGUUUGGGGUUAAAGUGAAUUUCACUAUGAGGGGACAGCACCUCUGUGACCAUAAUUGGGGUUAAGAAUGUAGGACAAGUUUGGUUAUCAGGGUCUUCAUUAUUAUUGGAUUGGAGUAGCCAAUCAGGUGUGUUGCGUUAUCACAGUAAGGGGUGGUGACAUCUCAGACUUUUAAAUACCAGUCUGACCAGCAGUGGUCAUGGUUGCUUCACAGCCCCAU